GUAAGGGCAGCUAAACGGAGACUAGUGGUCCUGUGAGCGUCCCUGUUGCAUAGGAACGAAGAAUAACGCCUGGGACGUCGUGCAUUAACCGAACAAUUCCCUCAGAAACUGGACCAGAAUCUCUGCUGCAGUAAACAAAGCCCGUUUUAACAGGCGCAGUCCUUGUUAUUUAUCCAGACUGUGAUCAGCGGAGUUGUUACAUCUUUAAUUGGGACCAACAGUGAGACGUAAUGACCGGAAACUCGCCACAAACCUUAGCAUGGAGCCAGUAACUGUCGCGCUCGUAGGCGCUCUCGUGAGUUUAUGUGUUGGAAUAUGGUGAAAUAAACACAUUUGGAGCUGUUGAGUAAGCGGCCAAAGAAGCUAGCUAGCUGACGCGAUGGUAACGGCUGCUAACCAGUGGCAAGCUAACUAGCGGUUCUUUAUAUCGCCGACUCUGGCCGAGGAGCGUCACCCGGCUGUUCUCAAGUCCUCUUUAAGUAGGAGAAAUUACCGAGGAGGCGGCGCGAAAUGGCUGACGACGUCGGCAGCAUCCCCGAACUGGACCAAAAGAAAUACGAUGCAGACGAACAAGUGAAGAUCAUCUGCCUGGGAGACAGCGCGGUUGGUAAAUCAAAGCUGAUGGAGCGGUUUCUUCUGGAUGAGUUUCGCCCCCAGCAGCUGUCCACAUAUGCUUUGACUCUGUACAAACACAAGGCGACCGUAGGAAGCAAGACUGUUGCAGUUGAUUUCUGGGACACUGCUGGCCAGGAGAGGUUUCAGAGCAUGCAUCCCUCAUACUAUCACAAAGCUCAUGCAUGCAUCAUGGUUUUUGAUGUGCAAAGGAAAAUCACGUAUAAGAAUUUAGCCAACUGGUAUAAAGAGCUAAGGGAGUACAGACCUGAGAUUCCCUGUUGUGUUGUAGCCAACAAAAUUGAUGCCGACCUGAAGGUCACACAGAGAAGUUUUAGCUUCGCGAAGAAGCAGGGGCUUCCGUUUUACUUUGUCUCGGCAGCUGAUGGGACCAAUGUAGUUAAGAUGUUCAGAGAGAUGAUCAAGAGAGCGGUGGACUACAAGCUAAACCCCAGUGAUUUCAUGGAUGAAGUGAUGGAAGAAUUAGAGAACUUUGACCUGGAGAAGAAAGAGGAAAACUCGGAGGCUGAUGAGAACGGGUUGAGGUCAGAAAGUCCGGAGUUGGCUUGAAAGGGUUUCCAUCCUCAGUAAAACUUUAUCCUGUUUGAAAUCAGUUUUGGACUUAUUGUUUUCCCAUCACUGACACUAUCAGCUGGCACAUUAUUUAUUCUUGUGUAAUUUUUGAACUUUUGUCUUACUGGAUUGAAAGUCCUCUGCUGGGAACGGUCAUGUGAUCAAUGUCAGUCACUGCCCUCCAUCCGUCCGGCGUGAACAGCAGGGAGAUUUCUGUCUAGUUUUCAGCGUCUGUGUUUUAGCCUCCAUGUUUGACAUUCUUAUAACUGUCAUUAGUAUAACUGAAUGUUUUCUCAAGUGUGGCAAAAAAACAACAAACAAACAAAAAAAACCUGUACUUUUUAUGUAUAACAAUGUGAAGCAUGAAAAACUGACACAGCAACGAUAAUGUGCAAUUAUAAAGUGUUUCCUGCUGUUCUCCAGAGUUUCUGUGUAGUGUUGUGUGGAGCGCCGGCAGGCUGCUGCAGCUUUUGGCUGCUUUGUUUGCAGAAAUUUUAUGAUGAAAAUUUUUUUUUUUUUUUUUUUU